UCCAAACAUUUUUUCUAUAACCAUGAGUUCAGUCCAGCAUUCUCUAUUUUCUCCCCUCUUUUGCCCUCUCUAUCGAUUAUACUGCCUUUUAAAUCCUUAUAAUGAGAAGUUCACGAUAAUCAACAUUUCUUGUUAUCUUCCAAAUGUCGAAGGCAACAGCAUUUUACGUUAUUAUCGCUACCUUGGCCACCGCCUUUACCCUCUUUAUUGGUGCAACAACAAAGAAGUAGGAGAUGAGUCUUUGUGUCAUGCUUGUACGUGUAAAGAAAUUGGUACAACCUAUUACUUUUGCGACAAAUGUGGGUUAUCAUUCCACAAAGAAUGUGUCGAGUCUCCCCCUCUAAUCAAAUCUCUUUAUCACUCUAAACACCCUCUCCAACUAGUUCUUGAUUAUUCAGGUAUAUAUUGUUCUCAUUGUGAAAGUCGUUAUAGAUAUAAAGACGUAAGGUUAUAUUACUACUGUUUUACUUGUAAGUUUAGUUUGCAUCCUGUUUGCGCGACAAGACCCUCGUUCCUUAACUAUCCAAAAAGGCAUGAGCAUGACCUCAACAUCUUUUCGAGAAAAGCUGAUUUGACAUGUGAUGUUUGUGGGGUAGUUGAUAGCAAACUUCUCAUCUACGUGUGUCUUCAAUGUGAUUUUGUUGUCCAUGAAAAUUGUAUUUACUUACCAUUUGUCAUAAGAAUAUCCCGUCAUGACCACCGUCUCUCUUUCACAUAUUCUCUUCCUAGAAUAUUGUCUUGUGGAGUUUGUCGUCAAAAAGUUGACGAAGACUAUGGAAGUUAUUCUUGCACGAAAGAUUGCAGUUACGCAGUGCAUUCCAAGUGUGCAACUCGGGAAGAUGUGUGGGAUGGAAAAGAACUUGAGGAAGAACCGGAAGAAGACUAUGAAAAUUUGAAUUCUUUUGAAGUGAUAGGUGAUGGAAUUAUAAAACAUUUCGGCCAUUCACAUCACAUGAAGUUUGAAAGGAAGACCACUGACAUUAUGUAUGAUGAUGAAAAGCGAUGUCAAGCAUGCCUACUUCCAUUCUACGGAGGUGGCGUUUACGAAUGUAUGGAAUCCAACUGUGAUUUUGUACUCCAUGAAGCAUGUGCAAAUCUUCCCCGGACAAAACAACAUAUAGCACAUCCCAAUCCUUUUAUUCUACAAGUGAGUGACACCAAAAAUAUUUUCUUGUGUGAAUAUUGUCAGCGUUGUUUGUAUGGUUUCAGAUAUGUGUGUAGCAAAGGAGAUGAGUCUAUAAGUAUAGACGUGCGAUGUGCUGCAAUAUCUGAGCCAUUUGUCCAGCAAUGCCACCCACAUCCCUUGUUCUUAAGCAAUGAACUUGGAAAAUCUAGACUCUGUUCAAUCUGCAAAAACGAGAAAGAUCAAACUUUGAAUUGUAUCGAAUGCAGCUUCUUUUUGUGCUUCCGUUGUGCUACACUCCCAUAUAAAGUGAGAUAUGAGCAUGAUGAGCAUUUCCUCACCCUUUCUUACAAAGAGAAUGAAAGUCUCAAUUGGUGUGAGAUUUGUGAGGAAAUUAUGGAUUCAACCAUAUGGCUUUAUACAUGUCAUGAAUGUGGGACCGUUUUCCAUAUCCAAUGUUUCCUAGGAAAAUGUGCACCCUAUGUCAAGCCUGCUCAAAAUCUCUUGUUAGAUGAUACAAAAUUUAAUAUAAUCCCGAACAAUCGUCUCACUCGACCCAUCUGCGAUGACUGUGGAAGGCGUUGCCAAGAUAAACUAAUGCUUGAAGUUUAUGAUGAUGACAGAAAAAUGUUGUAUUGUUACCGUCAUUGUCUAAAAAAAUAAUACUAAUGUACAUGUUCUAGUUGGUAUAAAUUGUUUGUUGUUUUAAAGAUUAUGCAUUAAGCUGGUUUGUAUUAUAUUUAUUUUUCACUUGUCAAGUUGUAAUACAUGUAACUGUU